GGCAAAUGUUCCCCCAGCUGUUUCCUGUCUACAGUGUCUGUGUUUUGUAGAUAAAUGUGAGGAUUUUCUCUAAAUCCCUCUUCUGUUUGCUAAAUCUCACUGUCACUGCUAAAUUCAGAGCAGAUAGAGCCUGCGCAAUGGAAUAAAGUCCUCAAAAUUGAAAUGUGACAUUGCUCUCAACAUCUCCCAUCUCUCUGGAUUUCUUUUUGCCUCAUUAUUCCUGCUAACCAAUUCAUUUCCAGACUUUGCACUUCAGAAGCAAUGGGAAAAAUCAGCAGUCUUCCAACCCAAUUAUUUAAGUGCUGCUUUUGUGAUUUCUUGAAGGUAAAGGUACACAUCAUGUCCUCCUCGCAUCUCUUCUACUUGGCCUUGUGCUUGCUCACCUUCACCAGCUCUGCCACAGCUGGGCCGGAGACACUCUGCGGGGCUGAGCUGGUGGACGCUCUUCAGUUCGUGUGUGGAGACCGGGGCUUUUAUUUCAACAAGCCCACGGGGUAUGGCUCCAGCAGUCGGAGGGCGCCUCAGACAGGCAUUGUGGACGAAUGCUGCUUCCGGAGCUGUGAUCUGAGAAGGCUGGAGAUGUACUGUGCACCCCUAAAGCCUGCCAAGUCAGCCCGCUCCGUCCGUGCCCAGCGCCAUACCGACAUGCCCAAGGCUCAGAAGGAAGUACAUUUGAAGAACACAAGUAGAGGGAGUGCAGGAAAUAAGAACUACAGAAUGUAGGAAGACCUUCCUGAAGAGUGAAGAAUGACAUGCCACUGGCAGGAUCCUUUGCUCUGCACGAGUUACCUGUUAAACACCAGAAGACCUACCAAAAAUUAAGUUUGAUAACAUUUCAAAAGAUGGGCAUUCUUCCCAAUGAAAUACACAAGUAAAUAUUUCAACAUUGUCUUUAGGAGUGAUUGUUAAAAGCUUUGCACCUUGCAAAAAUGAUCCUGGAGUUGGUAGAUUGCUGUUGAUCCUUUAUCAAUAAUGUUCUAUAGAGAAAAUAUAUAUAUAUCUAUAUAUAUAUAUCUUAGUCCCUGCCUCUCAGAGCCACAAAUGCAUGGGUGUUGUCUAGAUCCAGUUGCACUAAAUUUGUCUCUGAAUCUUGGCUGCUGGAGCCAUUCAUUCAGCAGCCUUGUCUAAGUGGUUUAUUUUUUUUUUUUAUUUGCACUUCUUUCUACACAACACAGGUUGUUUGUUUUACAGUGUCUGAUAAUCUUGUUUGUCUGUCUCCGCCCGCCCCCACCCCCAUCACCUUUACAUUUGCUGAAUUUGGCCUCCUCAGUAACAGCAGCAAGCAGUCAAGUAGCAAACCAAUUUUUAACCCACAAGUUUCCAUCUGUGGCAUUUGUACCAAAUAUAAGUUGAAUGCACUUAUUGUAGACACAAAGCUUUAUUUUUCCACAUCUUGCUAAAAAAAAAAAAAAAUGCAAAUAGUUGCAACUUUGAGGCCAAACAUUUUUAGGUGUAUGUUUUAAGCAUAGAAAGUCUCAAACUCUCAACAGUUCCUUCAAAUGAUGAGUUAGUGUGCAACCUGAUUAGUAACUUCUCCCUUUUAAUUUUUUUCCAUAUAGAGCACUACGUAAAUUUCACAUAUCAACAAUACAGGAUAUAUCAAACAGUAUGUAAAACUCUGUUUUUUAGAACAAUGGUGCUAUUUUGUAGUUUGUUAUAGGAAAGAGUCUGGCCAAAACGAUAAAAGGUGAAAGCAAAACAAAAGAGGAAGCCUGGAGCCAAAAAUGACAGAGGGGAAGGGGACUAAAAAUCCAUCCAUUUGGGAAAGAAGGCCAAGUUCCCCCGAGUAUGCCUUCCAAGAGAAGCUUAAGAUACAAAGUCCACUGAAGCAAAUUUGAUUGACGAGUCCAGAGAGGAGUGGAAAAAGCAUAAGGCUAGGAAUUUCACAGUCCUGGUUUCUUUUUCUCACUGAAGAAAUAAACAUCUGCCAACUUGGGCACAGACUCACCACUUUGUGACCUUGGGCAAGUCACUUCACCUCUCUGUGCCUCAGUUUCCUCAUCUGCAAAAUGGGGGCAAUACGCCAUCUACCUACCUCACAGGGGUGGUAUGAGGAUUAAAAAGAUAAAGCUUCAGAUUUUUAUCCUUGGUUGCUAUGAGGAUGCAAGGUCAGAGCCCUUGAGUUGCUGGGAUGCAAGCAAUUCUAUAAACAACCCAUUCAUAGCAGACUAAGAAAAUUGAUUAGCCAAAUAUCCCUGACAUGCCAAUUAUUGUAAAUGAAGCUAUCUAAGUAUCCAGCUAACUAGUUGUUAAAAGCUCACAGCUUGAUCUCUUUUAAAACACUUUUCAAACUAAGUUAGAAGCAUUUGAUUUACAUUUUGAAUUCUGCCAUUUGGAUUUAUGAAUGCUAAGUGAAAGAGAGAAAGGAAAAGAAAAAGAGAGGAAAGCAAAAGGAUUUCUACUAAUACAAGAAUGAUUACUCAAUUUGUUAGAAUUUGUUAGCACUUACUGAUAACGCCCCCCUUCCCCGCCCACACACAGGCAGUUACUAGUAAUCUAAUAAUAUUUCUUUUAAUAUUAUAAAUGAUACUCUGUUCAUUUUGAAAAACAGUUAUUCCUUCUCUUUAUGGAAUCUAAAAAAAUAUGGCCGAAGGUUUCCGAAGUUGAAAUGAUAGCUAAUAAAAAGUCGCAAAGUUACUUUCAUAAAUUUUGCUCUUAUCCUUGGCUGUAUAUAUAUAUAUAUAUUUUUUUUAAUUUUUUGUUUGUUAAAAUAUGCUUGAUGAGAGUUGCUAGUUGAGAGGCAAAAAUGUCCUUCACAGCUAGAAAUUUUCCCUCAGUCUGCUUAGAAGAGUGGCCCUUAGCCCUCUAUGGGUGUGACUUAUCCAUUCAACUGAAAAUUGGUAUCAAGAAAGCCCAAUGGUGAGGACAGGCCCAUGCUGGCCUAGGAAAUGUUUCUUGUCUAUGCACCAAGAUUUUCUUAUUAGAACAAUGAGCCAUCCACCAUUCAGAUCUUUUUAUCUGCCUUAGAACUUUUUCAUGAAAAGCAACCAGACUUGAUUAUUUCAUGCAUAGAGCAUCCCUUUUAGUCAUGGAAAGUGUACAUGGAAAACAAAAAUAACAUCUUUAGUUUUCAUCCCAUUGGUUCAUCUCAAGGCUCAGAGGACAGGGAAAAAAAAAAAAGAAAAGACUUUCUGAAUCUCCAAACAUAUGCUAACAAAAGGGCUAUUUAGUGGGUGCCCCUGCUCAGCCAGAAAAUAUUUUUACCCUCAGCCCACAGUGUUACUUGAGUGGAGUACCUCUGGCAUGCUGAGCAAUGUUCUGGUCACGGUGGACAGAUGUAAAAGAAACAAAAGUCAUUUUUGCCCUUCACCUGUUUUCCAGAUGUAAGGGUUCUGUGGAGUGAGGUGCUGGACCCCUCUUUCCAAAAUGGCACUUCUGAUUUUUAUUUCUCGUCUCUAGUGUGUACCUUUUUAAAAUUACUGACUCUCAGCAACACUUCUCAUGCAAUCUUCUGCAGACCGAUAGGUUUCCAGACCUAGUUGAAUAUGGUAACUCUAAGAGUGUGACUUAUUUGAUUGACUCAAUAAUUCUACUCACAGCCUUUAAAAAUGCCCCAGUGAGGAAAGCUUAAAAACGCGAAGACAUAUUGUCUUUCUUAACCUUUUCCCACACAUAAUACUCUCCAACUAUAUCAUAAAUCAACUAAUUAAAAAUCAAUUAAUUAUACUACCCCACUGUUUUAUUUUCAAAUAAAUUAAAACUUGAAGGUAAUUUGAUGUAAACUCCAAAAGUCAGUUAAUUCCCAUAAACUACAGCAGAAUGACCCAGGAUUAAUAGAAGCAAGCACCUAAAAUUUCACAAUUCAAAACUUUAUAAGCUUUGCUUUAGAAUUUUGCAACAAGGCAAUUUCAAGAUAACGAAUAAGCCUUAAAUAUUGGUAAGAAUGAGCUUCCAACUUAUAGGCUUAUUUCCAAUUUAAAUGACAAUACUGAAUUACCUAGGUCAAAUUUUUGUUCCCACUUUCCCAAAUAGUGUAAUAGUUUUAUACGAACAUUUUAAAACGAGGAAGCUCCACUGAAAAAGCUAAUGUAUCUUGCCACCACAAUCCACUCUUCUAGACAGAGCUAAAGAAAUACUCUCCCAACAUGCACCUUACACAUACACACACACACACUCAUCCUUAGAAUCCAACGGAAUACUGAAAAAAAAACACCAAAAAAAUCACUUCCCUGAAAAAUCUUAUUUUAAAAAAAGAGCCUGGCUUCCCUGAGAAUCUUUCCUCUUCUGGGAAUGUCGAUAUGUAGAUAAAACCAUCUCAUGUACUAUGGCUCCAGGGUUUCUGUUACACGUUUAUGCACUUGGGAGAAUGCUUAAAUAGAAGAUGUAGCACAUUUUGCAUUCCCAUUUAUUGUUUGGCCAGCUAUGCCAAUGUGGUGCUAUUGUUUCUUUAAGAAAGUACUUGACUAAAAAAAAAAAGGAAAAAAAGAAAAAAAAAAGAAAGCAUAGACAUAUUUUUUUAAA